GCCGGGCCCGGUGCCCGGCGGAGCGUUGCCGGGCGACGGCGGCCGCCCCGCAGCAUGGCCGGCCCCGGCCCGUGGCCGCCGGGCGCGGGAGGGUCGCGGUGGGCAGAGGAGGCUCUCGGCAUCGCGGCGGCAAGGAGGCGGCCUGCCCUCGCUGCUUUCUCCGCCUUCAGCUUCAUCCCGCCCAGACGGGAAGGGCCUCCGGAGCUCAGCUAUUUCAACCGAGCGGCCAAGACAGAACAUGUUUUCACCUAUGACACCAUUUUUAGAAUACCAGAAGGUUACAACCAGCAUCUUCCUCGCUGUGACAGAAAACAUGCAAAAGGUCAUGGUCUCAACAUUAAUGAGGAGUGCACCCUAUAUGGUAGGAAAGGAAGUGGAAGGAGGACGUCAUUGUGCUCAGCCUGGAGGUUUAGAAGAAAGCAUUAGCCCAUGAAGACACUUGAAUUAGCUGUUGUUCUUUGGCAUCCUGAAGAUUUCCAGGUGACAAGACAUAUGCAAGUUAAAGCACGGGGAAAGAGGCAAACCUUCUCUUACAGAGUUUAGGGAGAAUUCUGAAUGUCUGUGCCUCUCGAGAGUUGUAGUUCAGGUGCUCCUGCAGCUAUUCCUGUGAUGCUUGAAAACUUUUCUCCCUGAGAAGACUGGAUUCAGAGGCCCUGAUUUCACUACUGUCCUCUGACACCCACCCUCCCUACACCAGCAUUUGCUGUGAGAGUCCAAGCUUCUGAAGCUGUUGAGUUUGUUAUGGAAACUUACACCAGAUUGCCCUGCAGGAAGGAAAUUCAUUGGGAGCUAGUGCAAAGGAGUGGUCAAUCAGAACACCAUGGACAUGCCUCAAAAAGAAUGGGCAAAGUAUUCAAGGCCAGCAGAAUCUGGGUUUGAUGUGCAGCCCAAUGGCUAAAUACAGCCAUAGUUUUACACAGCUGCCUUGAAAACAGAAAUACGAUAAUAUAUAUACAUAAAUAUAUAUGUAUGUAUUUUUCCAUGCAGUGUCUGAAUAAUACAACUACACACACAAGUGUUUAUAUAUCUAUUUAUACACACACACACACACACAAAUUCACCCACACACAGAGGGAGAGGCUGCCAAAAAAAACCAAAUGAAAUGUAACCUCUGUGUGCUAUUGGCCUCAAAAUCCCAAUGGGUUCAUGGGAUGUAAAGUGAUGGGUAGGCUAGGGAUGGCUGGCUGCCUUGAUGAUUAUAUAUGAUAAGGAAGAAGGAAGAGAAAGACAAAAGUUAAAAUUACUCUAAUUGCUGUGUAAUAAAAUUGUUGUUAUUUUGUAACAAAGGCCACUGCUUGUGAUUUGUCUCACUAGAAGCCAUAUAUGCCAGAUAUUUCAGCACAAGUGCAUAGCCGUAAUACUCUUCCACUCUAUCAGACAGUGCAGGCAGUAUUAGAUGCUCCCAAAGGUAUCCCAGGGGUGCCCAUUACCAUCAUGUGCUCAUGCCUAGUAAAUCUGUGAGGCCAAUCUGUCAACUGUAAUCUGUGUGAGGCUAAAAGGCAUGUGAGUGACGACUCCAAGUAGAAAUGAAGUUUUUUAUUUCAACAAAACAAAGACAACUUUCCUCCCUCACUACCAAGCCCAACCCCAACACCCAACAGGUGUCCCUUAAUCCAACUCUUUAAUUAGCAUGGAGACACAUCAAACCCACACCUGUUUAAUGCUACAUGAUCCUGCUGUACGUGAUGACACCCAACACUGGAUGUAGCCAUAACUUAAGUGCAGGUCAUGUACUCAACUCCUCUUUAAUUACCAUUGUGGCCCUCACAGACUUUAUAUAACUAUAUUAUAAAAUAUAAUAAAUAAAAAUACCACAAUCAACAUCUUUCUAGUACAACACUGAAAGCAGAAAGCCUGAAUCCACCACAGUACACUGCUUUACUUGAAGUGGAAAAAAAAAUAAAAAAUGCUGCAAGUAAGCCCCUCAUUUCCUGCAGAGCCUGGGUGCACACAGGGAAUUCAAGAGCACAGUCACAGAUA